GCGGAGCAGGGAGGGUUCUUGGGAAUGUGGUGGGUGGCGGCGAUGGUACUGAUUGCGUACACGAUUCUGUUUGGAGUCUUCAAGCACGCCUUUCUCACUCGCUGGCAUCUGUUGGCGCUGGUGGACUUGGCUCUGAUGCUGCUGAUGUUUGUCCUCCGAUGGGGCGUCUAUCUGGAGGCCUUUGUGGGGAGCUACUCGGCUAAUGUGUUCUUUGACUUUCUAACUCUGCUCUUCCAGCUCGCGCUCGUCACCGACAUGCUUUUCCUGUGGCUCUACGAGUAUAACCGGUUCACGCGGAUGACGCUUGUUCGCCGCUCGUCAUUCUGCUACACGCUCAUCCUCCAGCCGUCGUUCUCGCUCUGGAUCAUCGCCGCAGUUCGAGCGGUGGUUUCGACGGGCCUGCUGGCGGUCGCGGUCUUCUACGCGGCCGAAGAGACCAAGAACCAGGAGUUUGUGGGCAGGAUGUACUUUGUGGCACAUCUUGUGGCGUUAAUCUUCUACGCCGUCUUCCCGAUUGCGAUCUUCAACGCGCUGCUCUCGGCAUACUCGUACUCGAAGAAGGUGCGAAAGUCCGGGCGGCGGGUCCUUCGUGAGAUCUCGUUCUCAUAUCUGUAUGUGCCGGCCGGCGCUGUGGUCUACUUUUUCAUCUUUGCGCUCUGGCUCGUCAUCUCGCGGCAGAACCUUGGCCUGCAGCGGACAACGUCGGGCAUUGUGUCCAUCCAGAUUGACACCCAUGAGGCGAUGAAGACGCCACUCUUUGCGGUCGCCAUCCUGCUCGUCCUUGCCUUCCGCAUUCGGGACUACCAGGAGAUGCGUGACCUGGCCAUGUUUUCGGACGACGAGGAGGAAGCACUCGAGCAGACCGCGCGGACCACAGCCCGCGCACCGGGCGGUGCCAUGCCCAUUGUCCGCAAGGUCUCCCGUGAGUCGUACGUCCACUACCCGGUCCAGGAUCCGGGCUCUGCCGACGACCCGCACUCAUCCGAGUACACCUUUGCCACCGACGCCACCAUGUCGACCGAGACCACUACCGAUGAUGGCUCGGGCUCGGGCUCGUCCUCGUCCUCAUCGUAGAAUGGGCACAUGUGAUGCCUUUAAAGUUGCCAUGGGCUAGUCAAAGCCCGAGUCCUCCGA